AUGCAGCCUCUUCCCCUGGGUGCCCACCCCCUUCCUCCCAUCCAGCCCCCUGCUCCCUGACACCCUCUUCCUCCUAUCCAAUUCUUGCUCCCCACCCACACCUGCUUCCUCCCAUUCAGCCCCCUGCCUCCCAUCCAGCCCCCCAUCCCCACCCCCCUUCCUCCUAUCCAGCCC